CAGGACGAAAGCGGAGGGGGAUUUGAAAAAAAUCAAAUAUAAAAAGCAUGGCGUUAAGUAGGACUGGAGUGAAGCAAACUGAUAGAAGGGACACCAUCUGUAACAUUGUCAUUAGCAAUGAAUCCUCUCUUCGGAGCCAGCCAGUUAUUUUCAAUCCAGAUUUCUUUGUGGAAAAGCUGAAACACGAAAAGCCUGAUGUAUUUAUGGAAUUGGUUGUCAGCAACAUUACACGGUUAAUUGAUCUGCCUGGGACUGAGUUUGCAGAGCUGAUAGGCGAAGCGGACCCAAAAUUGCCUGUUUCUUCUUAUUCAACUGCGUUUUUUCGCACCUUUAGCUUUUUAAAACGUAAAGAAAAAGGAGUAAUAUUUGGAACACCAUUGACAGAAGAAGGCAUUGCUCAGAUUUAUCAGCUGAUUGAGUAUCUUCAUAAAAAUCUGAAGAAAUUUGAUGAUAAAGGGAACAAGACAAACACGCCUGACAAGGAGCGCCAGAUUGAGGCUCUGCAGCUGCUUUUCCUGCUACUUCCACCACCCAAUCGCAACUUCUUGAAACUUUUGCUGGACCUCCUGUAUCACACGGCCAAGCAACAGGACAAGAAUAAGAUGUCUGCUCACAACCUGGCUCUUAUGUUUACUCCACACAUUUUGUGGCCCAAAAAUGUUACAGCUGGGGACUUGCAGGACAACAUUGCAAAGUUAAACAAUGGCAUGGCCUUUAUGAUCAAACACUCUCAAAAACUUUUUCGGGCUCCUACUUAUAUUCGUGAACAUGCUAGGCUGCAUUUCCCGAAUUCCAGAAUUCACACAUCAAAGGAUGACUUGGAAUUACUUUCAUCACGCACGUCCAGAAGUUUCUUGCUGUUUAAAUCACAAAAAAGAAACCUGUUGGAUCCUGAAUCAUCUUCCCAGCCGGAGGAGACCCAGCAGAGGACAGAAGCAGCACUGAAGGAGCUUUUCCAUCAUGUCCACAACAUGCCAGAGUCUGCCAAAAAGAAAAAACUCCUCAGACAGUUUAAUAAACAGCCGAAUGCUAGCACCCCUGUUUCAGAAGCACCAGCACCUCAGUGGAAGAGACAUAGCAGAUCAAGAUCAUUUAGUGGCCUCAUUAAGCGGAAAGUUCUAGGCAACCAGUACAUAAUGGAAAAGAAAAGUAAAGCAUUUAGCCCCGAUACUCCAUCUGACGCAACAGAUGUAUCCUGCGAGGAAAAUGUAAAUGUGUUGAAAUCUCGGGACUCCCCUGCUCUCCUCAUGCCGUGGAUACGUUCAAAGUCUUCAGAUGAGUUUCUUAAAGCGAAGCCUUCCCACUCAAAGGUAUACUUUACUCGAACUGAUGAAUCAUGCUUCUAAAGUGAAAGAGCAACCUUUACAGUCAUACUCAAGACUCCUUAACUCUUAACCUGUGGAUAAGAAAAUCCUGCAAAACUGUGAGCAGACUAAUAUUUUACAUUCUUCAAUUUAACUUCACUGGAACUUCAGAUUCGUAGCAUCAGCCACAAGACCAGCAUUUGAAAUGGGUACACACCACUUUCUAAAUGGACUGUCAUUUUGCUGCUAAAUUAAUAAGAACUUCUUUGUGAAAAAGUACUGUAAUCAGCUGUGUGAUGGUAUCUUUCACACCCUGAUAUCAGAAUAGACAGUUGAUAUUGUCUUAAUUUUGUUUCCCAGUGCAUACCAGUUUCAUUGCAAUUUAUUACUGUAUCCUUAUUUUCACUGUGAGAUUAACCUCCUUUAAGGUAACUACUGUGGAGCUUCCCAGCUCUCUAAUCUCUGUGGUGAUUUUGUAAAAUAGGGUGUCUGGGUAAGAUACAAGAGAUCUCUAGCACCGUUUCCCCCAUGUUGAGUUGGAGCGCUCUUCCAUGUUCACUGAGGGUUUGUGGGAUCAUUUACAUUUAUUUUCACUGCUAUGUCUCAUGAGUGACUAAAAAUGUUUUAAUGUUUGCUCUAAUGUCUUAUCAGAAAACAAAAAAAGCUUUUUACUUAGAAAUGAGUGCUCUGAACAUAUAGCUUUGAACCUGAAACCGGAUUCUGAUAACCAGCUCAACCUCUGCUAGAAAACCCUGCAUUUUCUAAUCUAUCAUUUGUAGUAUUUCUUCCAUUUGUAUGUGCGGUUCAUGGAAGAGGACAUGUCUGCACUCUGUUUUUAGAAAGAGAAGAAGAAUCUAUUGUAGAAUUGUUUAUCAAGUACUAAGGCUAGGAUGAUGGAGGUUCGGUAGCAAGUUUUUGCAUAAAGAAAAGUAAUGGCUUGAUUAGGCUGAUUACGAUAAGUACUGCAGCAUUGCACAUAUUUGCGUGCAUAUAUAGUUGCAGUAAUUGAUUUUUGAACGAAUUACUUAGUUGAGGUGCCUUACCUUUUGUUUAACAGAACACUGAGCGGAGCUUUAGGAACAGGGAUCGUAGAUUCCAAUUUCAGUAGUACUAGGCUCCUUGAAGUAGUACAUUUCCCUCAACGAAAAGGAAAUGCCACUUAAGCUGUCUUUUGUUUAAAUUUAUCAGAAAAAGCAGGUUUCGGAGCAUUCAUUUCUGAUGUGAAACAUCUUGUUUGAUGAGCCAAAAUGUAGCUUUAUACAUGCUUUUGUGCUUUUAAUAUUUUGUAUGAUGCGUUUUGUUAUAUUUUAACUGUCAUUUUUUUCUUUGUGCAAUUGUAUUAUUGCAACACUUCCACUGAACCUAGAUUUUAAGUCUAGGGAGGCGGGGAGAAGUUAGAUAUUAGUUAUCCCAGAUUGGGAUGGGUACAUGUUUGUAAUGGGUGGGGAUUAGAUCCAUUAGGAACAUUAUUUAUGGAGACUGUGAAGCUUACCUAUGCAUUGAGAGACAAAGGAAGCAUUUGUGUUGUGUGCAAAUCAGAGAGCUUGUUGUUCGCCACCAACUGGUGACAUUUUAAGAGUUUGUAGAAAAGACUGCUUUGCAGUCUGCUUUAUUAGGCAGACUGAGUUACAAAAGUUGUUUGAGGGUAUUUUGUAAAGACUGCAGAAGGAAAAUUUAGCAAGGUGCCAUAAUCUCUAGAUUUAUAGAAUGCACCAUCAUCUACAUUAAACUUUUUACCCCUCCAUUUGUAAUGGUUUCAGAUUAUCAGGUACCACAGUUUUUUCUAGUAACAGUGGAAUAUAAGCCAAGCAUAUGGUAUUCCUUGUGUUGUCACAUGUAAUGAACUGCUGCAUUGUGAAUUAGCACAAUGGUAUGGACUUGCUGUCCACUAAGUUGGGGGGGGGGGGCAAUGUCUCAAUACAGGCAUUUUGUAAUCGGCGUAGAACUGAAGCCUGUAGGACUUUGUUGGGGAUGUAGGUUUUAUAUGUUCUCUUCACUGCUGUAUUAGGCCCUACUAACCAAGUAAACCCUUUGAUUUGAGCUCCAUUUUUUGAUGGUCUUCGUUUAAAGGGAUAUGCUGAUCAUUUUAAGUAAUGCAGCAUUUCCUCCUCAUUGUGUGUAUAGUCGUGCGCCCCCCAAUAUGGUUUCAUUUCUCUAAUAGGGUGCUAACGGUCUGGUUUCUGUUGGAAUUUUAGACAGGACAAGUGAUACAGAAAGUGAAGAGGAUAUGAUUGUGUACAGGAUACUGAAUUCAGAUUGUUUAUGUGGAUACAGAGUAUAUUGUUUGCUAUUUUUCCCAAAGGGGUGGUGUUGGAUAUGGACCAUUUUGUUUUAUAGUUAAAAAAAUUGUAUAAUUUUUUUUUAUUUGUUUUUAUGUAGCUGCUGACUUAUACUUAACAAAAUGUGUUUUGCUGUUGUAAUUGCUUCAACAGUUGGUGCCUGCUUUUAAAGCAAUAUUUAUUUUUUUACAAAAAUUAACUUUAUUGUUACUUGUAUGUACACUUAUGUGCAGAGUAAAUGGUUGCUAAAAGUGUCUCAUGUCCCCAGAUGUUACAUAUUGAGAAGUCAUUGAAAAUGCAAGUAUAACCAAACUGUUCUAAUUUUUUAUGCUCCAGUCAGUGUCCUUAUUCACCUUUUGGUUUAUUCUUUAUUUUCAGGAGUGCCACUUUGCUAGUCCUGUAACUUAUGUUGACAUAUCUGUUCUAUCCCAUCCAUCCUGAUAAAGAUGAAGUGCUCCAUGCAAGAGCUCUGGCCAUUUAAAAUGAUCUGCUAGAGGAGCAAAAUUCACAUAGGCUAUCCUAACUGAAGCUGGUCAUUGCCAUUUUAUAUUGGCUUUUUGAAUCUCCAGUUUUUAAUGUAGAUCUGAAUGUAGUGAGGGCAUCCUAAUGUUAAAGGAUAAAAUAUUUUGGGAUUUGCAGUUGUUAACACAUUUUGUGAUACCAUUGAAUUUACGGUUACUGUCUCUUUUAUGUUUAAGUAAAAAAAAAAAAAAUCUAACAUAAGGUUAUAUUGUAAAUAUAUUUUGCUAAUAUUGGGCACUAUUAAAAUGGCAGCCUCUUAAAAUCAA